AUGAAUGAAAAUAAUAGCAAUGAUAAGAAGCACUUUGUGCUGGUGCACGGUUUUGGCCAUGGCGCCUGGUGCUGGUACAAGCUCGUGAACCUGCUGAAGCAGAACAAUCGGCACAGGGUCACUGCCCUGGACCUUGCUGGCUGUGGGGUCCACCCGAGCCAGCUCCACCAGAUUUCCUCCUUUUCUGACUACGCCCGGCCGCUUAUGGACUUUCUCUCGGCCCUCCCGGACGACGAGCGGGUCGUUUUGGUGGGCCAUAGUUACGGCGGAAUCUCGAUUUCCGUAGCGGCCGAGACUUUCCCCGGGAAAGUGUCGUUGGCCGUGUUCUUUGUGAAGAGGACCUCGGACGAGUCGUCGUUUAUGGAUUGCGAGUUUGUGUUCGAUCCGGAAUUUGGAGACCUGCCAAUUUCGGCAGCCUUACGCGUGGAUGACAUGGCAGACACGGUUUAUAGUCAUUGCCAAUUAGAGGAUGUGGAAUUAGCGAAAAUGCUGUUAAGACCGAGUUUGUUGUUCGCGAAGGAUUUGAGCAACCCGGGUUUGCUGUCCCAAGAGAGGUAUGGUAAAAUCAAACGUUGUUAUGUAAUAUGCGAGGAGGACGAUGUCUCGAGUGUGGAGUUUCAGAGGCAGAAUAUUGCGGAAAACCCGCCAGAUGUCGUCGUGUCAAUAGCCGAGGCUGGCCAUAUGGUCAUGCUUACGAGGCCUCAAGAGCUUUGCCAUUGCUUGCUAGAUUGGUCGUCGUCACACCGAGCUGAUAUGGGCAUUUAUUUUGGAGCUCAGCCCUUGGGCACAUCUUUUGGCCAUGAAGUGAAGGAGGUGAAGGAGAUCAAAGGUGCCGACCAUAUGCCCAUGUUUACACAGCCAGAUGCCCUUGCCUCGUCGAGAUUGCCGAGAAACAUGGCUGAGUGCGGGACAAAAGCAAGCAAAUAUUCCAUUAAGCAGAAAGUUCACCUAGUAUUGGUCCACGGCGCGUGCCACGGGGCGUGGUGUUGGUACAAGGUGAAGCCGCUCCUCGAGGCCGCCGGCCACCAUGCCACCGCCCUCGACCUGGCGGCCUCCGGCAUCGACUCGAGGAAACUCCACGAGCUGAGGGGUGUGGCCGACUACACGAGGCCACUUUUGGAAUUGUUGGCGGAGGUCUCGGAAAAAGUGGUGCUCGUGGGCCAUAGCCUCGGAGGAAUCAACUUGGGGCUCGCGAUGGAGAUGUACCCGAAAAAGAUUGUGGCGGCUGUCUUUCUGACAGCAUUCGUACCGGAUAUCGUGCACCGGCCGUCGUAUGUUUUGGAGCAGUACAACGAGCGGACUCCAGCUGAAGAGUGGCUAGACACCAAGUUUUUACAGUGUGGAACCUCAGAAGAGCCUCUCACUUCCAUGUUUUUCGGCCCUCAGUUUGUUUCUAACAAGCUUUACAAUCUUUCUUCACCUGAGGAUGUAGCACUGGCAAAUAUGUUACUAAGGCCAAGCUCCUUGUUUAUUGAAGAUUUGUCGAAGAAAGGUGAAUUUACCAAAGAAGGGUAUGGAUCCGUGAAGAGGGUAUUCAUAGUUUGUGGACAAGACAAGGCUAUUCCCGUAAAUUUCCAACGCUGGCAGAUCGAAACAAUUGGAGUCGACAAAGUAAUGGAAAUCGAGACUGCUGAUCACAUGGCCAUGCUUUCGCAACCCCACAAACUCUGCCAAUGUCUGCUUGAAAUUGCAGAAUGUUAUGCAUAAUUAAGGAGUUUCUUAAUGAUCCCACAAUAUGUUAUAAUUUUUUAUGCUUUUCCCAUAAAGUUUGUGUGAUAUAUAAUCGACACAGCUCCAGAUAAUGGAUGUUAGACAUUGGAUGAUUUCAUAAACAAAUAAAUAAGCUCAUGUUUUAAUUCUAAGUAAAAAAAAAAAUUCAAGAAUCA